AUGAACGUGUUCAAACUCCUCUCGCGAUCCUCGAAAGCGGCGCAUACCUCGCCCGCGCAAAAGCUUCCUUCUUCCGGCGCUGUCGCAAACCCGCAGCUGUUCGGCCACGACGAGCCAACACAACCAUCGGAAACAUCGAAUACUAGUCGCAAGAGGAAAAGAGGGCAGAAUCUGGUAGACGCAUCUUCGAGCGCCACUGAACUACCCGCCGAUCUUGACUUCUUUGGCAGCGGUGCAAGCAAAGAUUCAGAGGCGAACGGAGGUACUCUUUCCAAGAAGCAGAGGAAGAAGCAGAAGCAGCAAGAGAGGAAAGAAGAAGCUAGUCUUCAGGAUAGCGCAAACGAAAUAGAGGAGGAGCUAUACGAUGUGGAUGAGUGCAAGAGGAUACUGCGCUCGCACAAGCUGAAGGUUGCAAUACUGGACGACUUUGCGCCGCAAGUAGAAGAGCAAAGCAAAGAGAAGAAGUCGAAGAAAAGGAGGAAAGAGAAAGAAGUCAAGGAAAAGAAGAAGGAUGUAAAGAAGUCACUCUACCCACAACCCCUCACCUCGUUUGCGCAACUACGAACGCGAUAUGACAUCUCGAGACGUUUGGCGGGGAACAUAGCAGAGCAGGGAUACAAGCUGCCCACUGAAGUUCAACUCGGGGCUCUACCGCUGCUACUAGGCAAUAAGGGUCGCAAGAUUUCAACCGACGUCGAAGGCUUGUCUGGUGCUGAGUUCAAUGGAGACAUUGAUCUACUGACGGUAGCGCCUACGGGCAGUGGAAAGACCAUAGCGUUUCUGAUACCGAUCAUUGAUUCGCUGCUAGUUGAGAGCAAAACUGUGGAUACGAAAGAGGGCCCUCGCGCUGUAAUCCUCGCUCCUACAAGAGAGCUUGCGGCGCAGAUUGUCAAUGAGGCGAGGAAAUUGGCAAAAGGCACGGCAAUCAAGGCUACACUUAUGAGGAAGGGUAUGCGAGUCGUGCAGGAACCAGAGGAGACACACGAUGAUGCGGCGGGCUUGGCUGAGGCGUCAGAAGAUGACGAAGAUGAUUCUCAAUCCGAUGAAGAAGAGACGGCAGCCCCGAAGAAGAAGAAGCAGGCUGGUCGACGGGCCGAACUUGUGAAAGCCGCCAUUCUGGUCGCAACUCCACUUGCUUUGCUCAAUGCCUUGAAGCGCAGAGAUAGCACUGUUGCCAACAUCCCUAGCGUAUCCCAACUCGUCCUCGACGAAGCUGAUGUUCUCAUCGAUCCUCUCUUCCGUGAACAAACGCUUGCGAUAUGGAACGCUUGCACGAAUCCCAGGCUUCGAAUUGGUCUAUGGUCAGCAACGAUGGGGUCCAAUAUCGAUAGCCUAACGACAUCCACCUUGAACGACCGAUGGUCCCUUCUGUCGUCUUCACAGUCCGACCUUCCUCCGCGACCGCCGCUUAUCCGGCUUGUAGUCGGACUCAAAGACUCCGCCAUACCAAACAUCUCACACCAAUUGACUUAUGCUGCUACCGAGCAAGGCAAGCUUCUCGGUCUACGUCAACUCCUUCAUCCAACGUCUGUGUUCAACAACUCGAAUCAGCCCACGCUCCGCCCACCGUUCCUAGUCUUCACACAAACGAUACCCCGAGCCAUAGCCCUCCAUUCUGAACUCCUCUACGAUAUACCCCCAGAAGCAGGCGGUAGCUCGCGCAUCGCCGUCCUACACGCCGAUCUCUCCUCUUCCGCACGCGACAGCAUAAUGACGCGCUUCCGAAAAGGCGAGAUCUGGGUUCUUAUAACUACAGACCUUCUAGCCCGUGGCGUAGACUUCCGCGGUCUAAACGGUGUCGUAAAUUACGAUGUACCUACCUCCGCAGCCGGCUACGUCCACCGCGUAGGCCGCACAGGACGUGCUGGUCGUCAAGGCGGCGUCGCAGUCACGUUUUACACGCAAGACGAUAUUCCCUAUAUCAAGCUCAUUGCCAAUGUUAUUCGCGCUUCUGAGAAACUGAGGGGACUUGGUGAUGAAGAAGGCAGUGUUAAACAAUGGAUGCUGGACGCGCUGCCUACGCCAAGUAAGAGGGACAGACAGUUGCUUAAGAAACGCGGUGUGGAGGCUAGGCGCACGGUCAAGGGGAAGGAUGGGAAGCCUGAGAGUAGGAUUAGUAGUAAGAGUGGGUACGAUAGAAAGAUUGAGAAUCGGAAGAGAGGGGCUCGGGAGGCGGCGAAGAAGAGGGAAGUUGGGGCUGCGAAUGAUGGUGGUGAUGGUGGGAGUGAUGGAGAGAGUGCGUUUGAGGGAUUUGAGUAA